GCAAAAAGUUUCUUUGCGGGCGAGGGGGGCUUCGGCGCGCCGAGGCUGCUGGGGCUGCAACGCCGUUGCAGCUGGCCGUCCUCUCCGGUUUUCCUCUCGCUGCUCCGGGGCAUGAAAGGGAUUCGCUGCGGGGCGUAAAAUAAAGGAGUUUGCCGCGGAGCGCCGGACAGGGCGCGCACACGCGGCCCCGAGCGCGGGCGGCCACUCUCAGCUGCAAGUUUGUGCCGAGCCCCGAGCGCGCGCCGGCUGCGGAGCGCCGGGCCGAGCUAGAGGCCGCAAGAGUGCGAUGGGCGCGCCGAGGCUCUGCGCGCCGGCGGUGGCGCUGGGACUGCUGCUGUGCGCGGUGCUGGGGCGGCUGGGCCCGGCCGAGGGCAGCGGUCGCGGCGGCUCGGGGACACUCGGGCAGCCUUUUGGGGUCGCCGCCGAGCGCCUGUGUCCCGCUCCCUGCCGCUGCCUCGGGGACCUCCUGGACUGCAGUCGCCAGCGGCUGGCGCGCCUUCCCGAGUCGCUCCCGCCGUGGGUCGCUCGGCUGGACUUGAGUCACAACAGAUUGUCUUUAAUCAAGGCAAAUUCCAUGAGCCACCUUCAGAGCCUUCGAGAAGUGAAACUGAACAACAAUGAAUUGGAGACCAUUCCAAAUCUAGGACCAGUCUCAGCAAAUAUUACACUUCUCUCCUUAGCUGGAAACAGGAUUGUUGAAGUAUUACCUGAACAUCUGAAACAGUUUCAAUCCCUCGAAACUUUGGACCUGAGCAGCAAUAAUAUUUCAGAGCUUAAAAUUCCCCUUCCACCCCUACAACUCAAAUAUCUGUACAUCAACAGCAACCGGGUCACUUCGAUGGAACCUGGGUAUUUUGACAGCUUGGCCAACACACUCCUGGUGUUGAAGCUGAACAGGAACCGAAUCCCGGCUAUCCCCCCCAAGAUGUUUAAACUGUCCCAACUACAACACCUUGAACUGAACCGAAACAAGAUUAGAAAUGUAGAUGGGCUCACAUUCCAAGGGCUUGGUGCUCUGAAGUCUCUGAAAAUGCAAAGAAAUGGAGUAACAAAACUUAUGGAUGGAGCUUUUUGGGGGCUGAGCAACAUGGAAAUCUUGCAGCUGGACCAUAACAACCUAACAGAGAUUACCAAAGGCUGGCUUUACGGCUUGCUGAUGCUGCAGGAACUUCAUCUCAGCCAAAAUGCCAUCAACAGGAUCAGCCCUGAUGCCUGGGAGUUCUGCCAGAAACUCAGUGAGCUGGACCUAACUUUCAAUCACUUAUCGAGGUUGGAUGAUUCAAGCUUCCUGGGCCUAAGCUUACUAAAUACACUGCACAUUGGGAAUAACAAAGUCAGCUACAUUGCUGAUUGUGCCUUCCGGGGGCUUUCCAGUUUAAAGACUUUGGAUCUGAAGAACAAUGAAAUUUCCUGGACUAUUGAAGACAUGAACGGUGCUUUCUCUGGGCUUGACAAACUGAGGCGGCUAAUACUCCAGGGGAACCGGAUUCGAUCUAUUACCAAAAAAGCCUUUACUGGUUUGGACGCAUUAGAACAUCUAGAUUUGAGUGACAACGCAAUCAUGUCGUUACAAGGCAAUGCAUUUUCACAGAUGAAGAAACUUCAGCAAUUGCAUUUAAAUACAUCAAGCCUUUUGUGCGAUUGCCAGCUAAAAUGGCUCCCACAGUGGGUGGCAGAAAACAACUUUCAGAGCUUUGUAAAUGCCAGUUGUGCCCAUCCUCAGCUGCUAAAAGGAAGAAGUAUUUUCGCUGUUAGCCCGGAUGGCUUUGUGUGUGAUGAUUUUCCUAAACCCCAGAUCACGGUUCAGCCAGAAACACAGUCGGCAAUAAAAGGUUCCAAUUUGAGUUUUAUCUGCUCGGCUGCCAGCAGCAGUGAUUCCCCGAUGACUUUUGCUUGGAAAAAAGACAAUGAACUACUGCAUGAUGCUGAAAUGGAAAAUUACGCACACCUGCGGGCCCAAGGCGGCGAGGUGAUGGAGUACACCACCAUUCUCCGGCUGCGCAGCGUGGAAUUCACCAGUGAGGGGAGAUAUCAGUGUGUCAUCUCCAAUCACUUUGGCUCAUCCUACUCUGUCAAAGCCAAGCUCACAGUAAAUAUGCUUCCUUCCUUCACCAAGACCCCCAUGGACCUUACCAUCCGAGCCGGGGCAAUGGCACGUCUGGAGUGUGCCGCCCUGGGGCAUCCAGCCCCACAGAUAGCCUGGCAGAAGGACGGGGGCACAGACUUCCCUGCUGCGAGGGAGAGACGCAUGCAUGUUAUGCCUGAGGACGAUGUGUUCUUUAUUGUGGAUGUGAAGAUAGAGGACAUCGGGGUUUAUAGCUGCACAGCUCAGAACAGUGCAGGAAGCAUUUCUGCAAAUGCGACUCUGACUGUCCUAGAGACACCAUCCUUUCUGCGGCCCCUGUUGGACCGAACUGUAACCAAGGGAGAAACGGCCGUCCUGCAGUGCAUUGCUGGAGGUAGCCCUCCUCCCAGACUGAACUGGACCAAGGAUGACAGCCCCUUGGUGGUCACCGAAAGGCACUUUUUUGCAGCAGGCAAUCAGCUGCUGAUCAUUGUGGACUCUGAUGUCAGCGAUGCUGGGAAGUACACGUGUGAAAUGUCUAAUACCCUUGGCACUGAGAGAGGCAACGUGCGCCUCAGUGUGAUCCCCACUCCCACCUGCGACUCCCCUCAGAUGACCGCUUCGUCGUUAGACGACGAUGGAUGGGCCACCGUGGGCGUCGUGAUCAUAGCAGUGGUUUGCUGUGUGGUGGGCACGUCGCUCGUGUGGGUGGUCAUCAUAUACCACACAAGGCGGAGGAACGAAGAUUGCAGCAUUACCAACACAGAUGAGACCAACUUGCCAGCAGAUAUCCCUAGUUAUUUGUCAUCUCAGGGAACCUUAGCCGACAGGCAGGAUGGGUACAUCUCCUCAGAAAGUGGAAGCCACCACCAGUUCGUCACUUCUUCAGGAGGCGGAUUUUUCUUACCGCAACACGACAGUAACGGAACGUGCAAUAUCGACAAUAGCAGUGAAGCCGAUGUGGAAGUUUCCAUGGAUCCAUUCCUUUGUCCCUUUUUGGGAUCCUCAGGCCCUGUGUAUUUGAAGGGGAAUGUAUGUGGCUCCGAUCCUUUUGAAACCUAUCAUACAGGCUGUGGCCCUGACCUGAGAACAGCUUUAAUGGACCACUGUGAGCCCAGUCACAUAAAGAAAAAGGAGUGCUACCCAUGUCCUUAUCCUUCAGAAGAAUCCUGUGAACAGAAUGGCAGUGAUGUAGGAUGGCCUUCACAUGUGAGGAAAUUAAUCAACUCCACUUACUCUCAGAAUGAAGGACCCGGAAUGAAAAGUUUGUGUCUAAACAAGUCCUCUUUAGAUUUCAGUCUAAGUCCAGAGCCAGCAUCAGUUCCUUCAAGUAAUUCUUUCAUGGGAACAUUUGGAAAGCCUCUGAAGAGAGCUCACCUGGAUGCUUUUUCAAGCUUUGGACAGCCAUCAGAUUGUCAGCCAAGAGCGUUUCACCUAAAAGCUCAUUCUUCCCCAGACUUGGACUCUGAGUCAGAGGAAUAUGGGAAAGAAAGGACAGAUUUUCAGCAAGAAAAUCACACGUGUACCUAUCAACAGACCUUAGAAAACCAUAGGACUCCAAAUUUUCAGUCUUAUGACUUGGACACCUAGACUGAGUAGGAGCAAAGAAGAGCUCUAACAUACUACCUCAAGCAGACUUUUAUUUAAAAGAGAGAGAAUCCUAUGUUUUUAAAUGGAGUUAUGAAUUUUAAAAGGAUAAAAUGUCUUAUUUAUACAGAUGGACCAAAAUUACAAAAAGUUAUAAAAAAUUUUAUACUGGGAGUAACUUUCAUAUAAGGAUACCUUUUUAAACUAUUUUAACUUUGUUUUAUGUGAAAAAAAAAUCUUAACGUAAAUUAAUGGUAUGAAUCCAUGACUAUUUUAUGUAUUUUUAUAAUGCCAGAUUUCUUUUUAUUGAAAAUGAGUACUAAAACAUUUUAAUUAAUACCUGUCUUGUACCUUUUUUGAAUAGAGGUCACUUCAUUUUAUUUUGCACAUUGCAUUUAAUAAAAUGUGUCAUUUUGAUCCCAAGCCCCAUCUAUACAAUUACAGUUUUUGUUGUUCUCAACACAUUUUAGGCUUAAUAAUUUCAUAUUAUCAUGUCCAAAUUGAAGGAAAUUCUACUUAGCACAUUAAAAUAUGAGCCAAAACUGACCAUUCUGCCUAUCACACAGAAUUGAGGUAAUGCAAACUCAAAUCAGAUUAGUGUAUAUAAAAGCACAUUGUAAACGAAAAAGAGCUACAAAGAUUUGAGGUGUAUUAAUUUAUUUCUAACUUUACAAACAAAGAUUACAAACAACGAAAAAGAGCUACAAAGAUUUGAGGUGUAUUAAUUUAUUUCUAACUUUACAAACAAAGAUUUGUUGGUAUAGUCUGGUAUAAUGUAGUGCAACCACCAUUGCUUAAAUCACUGCCCAAGCCAUGUUUCUUUAAUUAUAAUAAUGCCUUAUGUGGCCUGAUGCCUUGUGCUUUUCCAAAUAGUUUCACAUUUACCAUCCCUUUAAUUAUAACAAGAGCAUGGUUUACUGCACAUUUCUGUAGUUAAAGUGGCUAUAACAGAGGUGAUUUUCAUUUACUGUUCCAGGUUAUAGUGGGAUGCUGAUAGAAAUCUUGGCUAUUUUUUACUGAUUUUGUGUUGGAUGAGCAGUUCUUAUAAAAAAGGUACUUUUAAGCUAUUCUAAAGAAUUAAAAUAUUUUCCUAAUUUGGUUAUCCUGCUUUUGGUAAAAACUGAGUAUCAAAUCUGUUACUUAAACUAUUUAAAAUAUUUGUUUUAAAUAGUAUUUAAGUGAAAAUGUCAUUACAUGGUGCGUAUAUACACACAAAACAUGAAUAUAGUCAUCUUUAAAAUUAAGUGACAUUAUUUCAAUUACUUGAAAUAAACUUAAGUCUACUAAUUCAGGUGAUGAAAUUGGAUUUUUUAAAGACAAUUCUUGUUUACGUCUAUAGUUUAAAGACCAAUCCUCUUGCCCAAGAAUAGUUAAAUAUAUAUGGGAAGAGUUAAUGCAUAGCACAUUAAGCUUUAAAAUCCAACCUGAUGAAGGUGUGAAUUUAUGCCAUUUUCAGUCCUUUGAACUAAAGUGAAAGCAGUUGUUAGAAAAGCAGAUUCUUCUCGGAGGAUAUGUUGGGGGGUGACGUUUUCCUGCUUAGGGAGUGUCCAGUUUUGUCGUCUGUGAGCCAGAAACGACCCCAGACUGUAGUAAGAUUUUCUUCCUUUAAUGUAGACACCAGAGUCUAGGACAGGAAGUUGAUCCUUCCUUGGACCACCAGUGACUAUGUGCAGAGAAGUGAUUUUGUAUGCUUUGGCUUUAUCAUAUUGCCAGACUUUCAAAAUCUUAUUAACUUGUCUUCAUUAUUGCCAGAUGUGUUGCAAGCAUUGAUGGGGGCCUAUUCAAUGAUUAAGAACUUCUUUUAAAGGAUUUCAUUUUUCCGGACUUAGCCACAAAAGUUUAAAUCAUUAGCACUUGAAAUUCAAAAAUUAUAUUCAUUCUACUUUAAUAUGAUUUUUCCCUUUUACUCUGUGUGUAUAUAUGGAUUACAGAUAAUUUUAGCUGUGUGGAAAAACAGGAGCUCAAUUUCUCUUUGACAUUUGCAGGAAAAGAACGUAUAUAAUCACAAAAUGAAUCUAGUAAGUAUUAAUGUAUCCUAGAAUAAUACAGACUUCAGAAAAAGAUAAAUACCAAAUCAUUUAGUUUAUGAAAAAUAAUGCCUAAAAUUUUUCAAUGUAAUCUUUCUGUGCUUUCUGAUAAAGACUAAUUCACAUACAACAUAUCUUAAUAGAUGUUCACGCCACUUUCAUAGUGUUUUCUUCAUUACCAGUGCUAAUGAUAACAUCGUUACUGUGUGUAAUCUCAACCUGUUUUUUAAGAUAUUCGGAGAUAAAGGUUAUAUAAUUGUGGCAGGCAACAUUAAAAAAAUUUUUUUAAUGUUUAUUUUUGUGAGAGACCGAGUACGAGCAGGGGAGGAGCAGAGAGAGAGGGAGACACAGAAUCCGAAGCAGGC